UAUUUAAUCCCAUUCCGUGUUCAACUAAUAUGUCAGGCAUGGAUCUGUUAGGAUUACCUUUAGGAGGUGGUAAAAAAUCGGAGAAAAAAGAGAACAAUCACAUGCCUGAUGGAGCUUGUUGUGCAGGGGAAAAUGCAAAUUCAAGCAAAGAUCAUCCUAUAUUUGCAGCAGUUAAAUCUGGAUUACUUGUUCCAGUCCAGACUAUAGCUGAAGAUGGACCCGAAGUUUUUAAUAUGCGUGAUGAAAAGGGUCAUACACCUGCUCACUGGGCUUGUCUGGGCGGUCACAUGACAAUUCUUCGAUUCAUAAUGGAUAACAAGGGUCCAGUGGAUCAGCCAAGUAACAAUGAGUUGGGUGCCCUACCAAUCCACUGGGCAUGUGUGAAUGGACACAUCAACAUAGUGGAUGUUUUACUGCAGUAUGGAGUGAAUAUUGACACGACAGAUUUGAAGGGUUGCACACCACUUAUAGUGGCUUGUCAAUAUGGGCAUACAAUGCUAGCAGGGUAUUUAAUGGGCAAAGGAGCCCGUUUACAAAUGGUAGACAAAGAUGGUGAUAAUGCUCUGCACUGGGCAUCUUUUAAAGGUCACUCGGAGCUUAUGAGGCUACUGAUAUAUUCGGGCUUUAAUCCUCGUCAGAAAGACAACUAUGGACAGACACCACUUCAUUUAGCGUGCAUUAAUGGAACUUUGGUGGCUGUAUCAGAGCUUUGUGAACAGGAUGGUGUGGAGGUAGAAUUGGCAGACAAGAAUGGGAAGACACCAUUGAUGCUGGCACAUGGCAGGAGGCAUGAAGAAGUGUGCGAUUAUCUGCAGAGGCAGAUUAAGAAGAAAAGGAGCAUAUUGCCAAAAAUAGAUUUCUAUACAAUAGCAUUUGGUCCUCCUGGUAACAGUAAAGGAGCUAUUUUAUUCUUCAUGAUCAAUGUCAUUUGCUGGGGGUACCCAAUGUAUAUUGUUAAGUGUUUGCCAUAUACCUGGAAUGAACUUCAGCUGCUCCACAUAGUGUUCUUUUUUGUAAACAUUGCGAUGUGGAUUUGUUUGUUUCAUGCCAGUACAACGGACCCAGGGUUCCUUCCUAGAAACAUACCAGAAUAUGACCUAGCAAUUAAACAAGUAGCACAUUUUGACGAGUGGAAGCAUGGAGAGAAUCCACUGAGUCGACUGUGUCACACCUGUCGUACGGUCAAACCACUACGCUCGAAGCACUGUCGCGUGUGUAACCGCUGUGUUAAAGUGUUCGAUCAUCAUUGUCCCUAUAUCUACAACUGUGUGGGCUACUAUAACAGGGCUUCGUUUGUAUGCUUUGUGUGGUUAGUAACUGCCAAUGGUUUUUUAAGCACAUACUUCAGCUACUAUGCCCUGACUCAGUAUGAGGAAUUGAAUAUGGUGUACCUGUUCUUCUUGGUGCUCAUGCUGUUCUACCUGGCUGUGGCCUCCUACCUCUGUCUCUCUCUGUUGUAUUUGAUAUUUGUGAAUUUAACAACAAAUGAACAGCUCAAGUACAAAAGAUAUGCUCACAUGAAAGACAAGGAUGGAAAUCUUUUCAACCCCUUCGAUGGAGGACCAAAAAGAAAUCUACUGGAUUUCUUUUUCAUUAAGCUUCUCCCAAGAGAUGAGGAUGGAGAUUAUGUUUUCACAAAUCUACCUUCCUGAUAAUUUAUACAUUUAAAACUAAAGGUUCCUUUGAUAUCAAUAUUUUCCUGCUUAGUAGCUAGUUUAUAAUUUUAUAAGUCCUGCUUAGAGAUUACCACAGUAUCUAUCGUAAAUUUUAGCUCAUGAAAAUUACAAUAUAAAUCAGUGUGUUUCAUUCUACAAUGUAUAUUUUAUCUCUCACCUGAUUUAUAUAUAAGCUCAAGUGAGCUUUUCUGAUCACCUUUUGUCCAUCUGUCUGUCUGUAAACUAAACUUCCUCUCCAGAACGAUGGAGGAAAUUUCGCCAUAAAGCAUUCUUGGAUAAAGGGAAUUCUAAAUUGUUCAAAUGAAGGGUCACACUCUUUUUAUAGGGGAGAUAAUAAAGAAAUAGUGAAAAAUGGUGGCAGCUUUAGAAAGUCUUCUCAAGAACCACUGGACUUUUUAAAAAUUUGACAACAAGGUCUAUUACCACAGUUACAUGUAGGUAGUUUAGUAGGCUAUGAUACCAUAGCUAGUAAAGUGAUGACAGCCACUAUUAUGAUGUUGAGUUUUUGACAUAACAUGUUUCAAUUAUGUGAUCAGUGUCCUGCCUAUCCUUAUUAUGCAAACAUUCCCAAGUUGUGUGGAUUCAAGUUUUUAUGUCCCCCUUCAAAGAAGAGGGGCAUAUUGCUUUGCACCUGUCGGUCAGUCAGUAUGUCGGUUGGUAGACCACAUGUUGUCUGCUCAAUAUCUUGAGAACCAUACACUUGAUCAUAAUGAUAUUUCAUAUAUGGGUUGGUUAUGAGUAGAAGAGGACCCCUAUUGUUUUUCAGGUCAAAGGUCAAUCUACUCUGGACAUAGGAAUACGCUGUUCGCUCAAUAUCUUGAGAACCCUUUGCUUGACAGACAUCAAACUUAGUACACUGGUACAUCCUAAGGAGUAGAUGACCCCUAUUGAUUUUGAGGUCACAUGGCCAAAGGUCAAACUGGACAUAGGAAUACACCGACCACUCAAUGUCCAUGGAACCCUUUGCUUGACAGACAUCAAACUUAGUACACUGGUAUAUCUUGAGAAGAAGAUGACCCCUAUUGAUUUUGAGGUCACUUGGUCAAAAGUCGAGGAUCAAACUGGACAUAGGAAUAUACUGUCCGCUCAAUAUCUUGAGUAUCCUUUGCUUGACAGACAUCAAACUUGUACACUGGUACAUCUUUAGGAGAAGAUGACCCCUAUUGAUUUUAUGGUCAAAGGUCAAGCUGAACAUAGUAAUAUAUUGUCUCCUAUAUUUUAAGAAUUAUUUGCUUGAUUGAUACCAAACUUGGUACACUGGUACAUCUUCUGGAGUUGAUGACCCCUAUUGAUUUUUAGGUCACAUGGUCAAUCCACACUUGACAUAGGAAGAUAUUGUCUGCUCAAUAUUUUGAAUUGAUGAUACUACUAUCAAUUAAAUGAUGUGUGUGUAUAACCCUUUCCAAUUUUGCACCAUGGGGGCAUAUGUGUUUUAAAAACAUCUCUUGUUUGUAAUUGCUUUUUUUAUGCUUUCUAAUUAUGGACCCUAAGUUUAGGGUGGGACUAGAAUCUGGUAUUUUAAUUUAAUGAUAAUUUUUGUUUUUUGAAAUCUUGUUUCAAACAGCAAGGCCAUAUUUGUAAUAUUGAAACAUCCCUAUGUUAUGUGGAUUUAAGUUUCAUUAAGUGAUGACUCCAUAGGGUGAGGGUGGGACUUUUUCAUGGGAAUAAAGAGAGUAAAAAAUCCUUCUCUGAAGAAAUCAGGGUCUAGGUGAGUCAGGUUAGCAUUGAGGCCCAUGGGUUGUUUGUUGUGAUUAUGCUGCUGUACCUGCAAAUUACUGCUUAGCCAAAAUGGAAAGGGCUUUAGACAUUUAUGGCAGUAUUCAGGAGCACCUGUUCCACAUUUAAGUACAUAAUCUGCAUGUAACUUACGAGAUUAGGAUACUGACAAGAACAUGCAUUACUGUAUUUUCAUGGGUUUUUGUUACCUAGAAUGUGGUUUUCUUUAAAAAUACAUUUCAGUGCAGUAAAGUUCACUUACCGCAAAUUCCUGGGGUCCCAUUGAUUUACUUCACUAUAUCCAUAAUUCGCUAUAAACACACACAUGUAAUAAUUAAUUUCUUCAAUUUUUAAAACAUUUAGUGUGAAAAGGACAAAUUACAAAUCACAGAAUAAACCCUGAAAUAUUGUAUAUUUAUGGACAAAAAUAACAAGGGAAUAAGAUUUCCUCAUAUAUAGGAUAUCAACCAUUGUUUUGUGACACUUCUACUUUCUGUUGUGCUCCACCGUUACGAUCUCUACUGAGUGCAGGGUGGGAGUACUUUAGUUAUUAGAGCUGUUAUGACAUCUAUAAAUCUGAAGAAUUGUAUUCAUAGCAGUCAGAAUGCUUAUAUUGAUUACGACAUUGCACUUCAUGAAUUUAGAGAUACUGUUGCAGCAGUAGCUGGCUGUGUUAUGGGGUAAUUAUAAUACAUGUAUAUAGUUGUGAAAACUAUGCUGAAAUAUUUCAAGACUUCUCUAUUUGUUACAGACUUUCCAUGCUGCACACAACGUCACUGCUAAUGAAAGAGUUAAUUACAAGAGGUACAAGUAUCUAAUGGACGGGAAGGGAGCUUUUUACAAUCCAUUUAACCGAGGAAUUUUGUACAACCUGCAGGAAUUUUUCUUACUUGUGAAACCAAGGACUGAGAGAGAUGUGGAGAUUCUCAAUAUAUGAAAAUUAAGUUUUCUUUUCUUGAAUUCGGAAAAUGUGCAUUAUAGAUGCGUGGCCUAUCUAUUGUAAUACAUUUGCAAUGGUAACUCAAUAUUAUUCUUGGCAAAGUUUGUGAAGCAGUUCAAUGUUGUUAGUUUUCUUUCAUUAGUGCAACUCUCAUUAGUUCAAACAACCAGAAUUCAUGACAAAUUGAAACUCAUUCAUACAUGGUGGCAACAAAAGGUUUCAUUCCCAUGAUGAUAUAUAUUUUUCUUGAAAGGAAUUUUAGAAUUUCUAAAAAUGUACAUGUAUCUGAAUGUGUACGAAAUGCAUUUAUUACUUGUGUGUUUAAUUUCUUUUUUUUUUUUUUUUUACUGUUUACAAAAUCAUGCAUUUGCAUGUGUAUAUGAAUUUUUAAUGUAAAUUGAAAGAAAGGGUUCAUUGCAGAAAUCUUUAAUAGUAUUUAUUUGAUGUAAGUAUGAAUGUGUAGUGUUGCCUGGAGAGUUUAUAGGUAUAUUGUGUGACGUCAGAUGUGAUCAUAUUGUGUGAUGUCAGAUGUGAUCAUAUUGUGUGAUGUCAGAUGUGAUCAUAUUGUGUGAUGUCAGAUGUGAUCAUAUUGUGUGAUGUCAGAUGUGAUCCAUGUCCUUUUUGACAAAUCAACUUCAAGAGCUAUAAUACUGGUAUUUUUAAAAAUGGUAAUCUCAAUGAACAAUCACGGUGUGAAUCAGGAAACUCUCAUCAUAAAUUCAGCAGAAUUAGAAUAUUUUCUGUCAAAGUUUUGCAUGUACAGGGUAAUAAGAGUUUGUUGUAGCAAGUCUACAUGUAAGAAUGUUACUGUAAAAGACAAGUGGUUCACAGCAUUCAAAACACACAUACAGAUUUGUUUUUUGUGUGCAUUUGCAGUGUGUACAUGGUGGAUCAGCAUGUAAUUGGGCAUAAUAUGAUACAUUUAAAUCAUCUGUUUAUGUACAAUAUGCACAUGUCUAUAAGCAUAAACAUGUACUGUCAGUGGAUUUAGAAAUAUAUACAUCCAUGCAUGUCAAGUCUAUGAUAAUGCUUUGAUGCGUCUAUUCACUACUUUCAUAUACCAAAUGUGUCAUAACAAUAUAUAAUUUAUUUUAGCACAUUUGAAGUGUUUGAAAUCAAAUUUAAGUAAUAUAUGUCUAGUCUGGGGGUAAAUGACAAUUCAUGCAUAUUGUCUAAUGUGGAUGUAACCAGUAUUUACUGCAAUCAGAACAGGCUUUGGUCACUUUUGAAUACUAGUAUGAAAUGUGCACAAUGUUCCUGGGCCCAGUUGCACAAACACUAAUAUGUUAAUUAACAAACUGUCGAUUUAUUAUUAAUUUGUAUUUAUACUGAAAGAUAGCUAUUGCUUAAAAUUUUGAUCAGUUUUCUUGCAACUGAGCCCAAAUGUUUACUAGAAGUUUUUGGUACCAAGCAUGUUCAGUUCAACAUUCACUAAAUUCCUCCAACAUGGUACAUAUAUGUUUAAUCUGGAAGAAAGUCCGAGUAUGUAUAUAAAUCUGUUUUAAUACCGAUAUAUGUAUUUUUAUUACAAUUUUAUUAAAUUGAACAAAAGAAUAAAUGAAAAUGAUU